AGGUGCGUGGGUAGGAGAAAAAAGAAAGAGCGGCCGCCGGCGAGAGAGGCGGAGGGGGGAAGAAAGGUGCGGCCUUUCUUGCCUAAAAUUCCAGCGGCGGAGGCGAAUCCAAGGAGGAGGAGGAAGGAGCCGCCCCUGCCCAGCUAAAUCCUCGUCGUUCGCCUCCCCGAUCGCCAUUUCCCCCCUUCCGCGCGAGAGAUUCGUCCUCCGAUGCAGGCCGCCGCCUCGUGGAGCAAGGGCCUCCCCGGCCUGCGGAGCCACCUCUGCGCCGCGGCGUCGUUCCACUCCACGCCCCCCUCCCCCGCCAAGUGGAAGGGCAAGUUCGAUUGCAAGCAUGAACAUGGAAAACGGAAGCUAUCCAAGAAAUAUGAGCGAUACGUUGUUCGUCAAAAACGAGCAGAAGGAAAGAAGGCCCUGAAAAAUUACCUUCUGUAUGGAAAGUCAACACCUCAUAUACAGGAUGGAAGUAUGGGCAGCUUUGCUAAUUCGCAUGAUAUUCCACGAUUCAAAACGUUCAGAAAAAAACAGGAUCACAGUUCAACAAAACCUCGACAAGGAGUACACCAUCAAAGAAAGGACAAAAAGGACAAGGCGAAGUUCUACAACUUUUUCUACGAAACCCGUUAUGUGAAUCCUGAAAAUAUUUUUGAGACCAUCUUUGGUGAGCAUCACCAGAGUUUUACCUGGUCCCAUGCUUCAUGGGAGGGUUUUCACUUCAGAGCUUCAUCGUUUGGAUUCAGACGGGCUGGUGAAUCACGAAGACAAAGAGUUGAAAGCGAGAGCGAAGACGAAAGCGACGACGACGACGACGCCUGUGACACAGCCGGCGUUGGCUCACAUGCGCACAGGCUCACCCUUGGAUUGCCACCUCGUGGUCCACUAACCCUAGAUGAUGUCAAAACAGCCUUCCGCGCGUCUGCUCUCAGGUGGCACCCUGACAAGCACCCAGGCUCUUCACAGGCCGUAGCCGAGGAGAAGUUCAAGCUGUGCGUCAAUGCGUACAACUCGCUCUGCACCGUCCUGAAGGCCGCGUGAUAAGCCUCUUCCUUCCUCCACGCGUGGUGUUCUGAAGCUUGAGAACGCUAUCAGCUGACCUCACUCGAGCGCGUGAAUUUGGCAAGAAAAUCGUUCCAUCUCUUGCGGGGAGUUGGGGCUCCUGAACUGGAGCUAGAGCUCUCUUUCCCGCAUCUGUUGUUUGUUCCUUUCUUCAGUAUUCGUUUUCUUCAACUAGAUAUUUGAGCCAACAGAGCCAAGCUCCCAACAUGAUGGAAGGAGAUUAUGUUGUAACAUGUAGCAGCACAAUCAUAUUUACUACCAUUGCAAGCUGUAACAACAAAUGAUGGCUAUUUCAUUUCAUCUCUUGAUUUUGAAAGGGGAAACAAAAUAAACUUGUCUGAA